AAAUGUGAGUUUGACGUAACAUCCGUCCUUGUUCCGGUCCCCACGCGCUCUUCUUGAUAGUGGCGAGUUGAAUCAAUCUUCGUGUAGAUUUUAAUGCGGGUUUAGCAAAUUUUGCGAACAUCAUCAUGGGGAAACUAAACGUGGUUAUGAUACGAUACCUCUCCAGGGACGACUUCCGGGUUCUCACAGCUGUUGAAAUGGGCAUGAAGAAUCACGAAAUCGUGCCCGCGAGCCUGGUGGCCUCCAUUGCGAGCCUCAAACACGGAGGCUGUAACAAGAUCCUGAGGGAGCUGGUGAAGCACAAGCUCAUGGUGUUCGAGCGCAGCAAGACUGUGCAAGGAUACCGCCUCAACUACCCGGGCUAUGACUACCUGGCCUUAAAGACACUCUCCUCCAGAGAUGUCCUUGUGUCUGUCGGCAACCAGAUGGGCGUGGGCAAAGAGUCAGACAUCUACAUUGUUGCCAAUGCGGAGGAGGAGCAGUUUGCUCUGAAGCUCCACAGGUUGGGCCGAACAUCCUUUAGGAAUCUGAAGAACAAGCGGGAUUACCACAAGCACAGACACAAGAUGUCCUGGCUCUACCUGUCACGUCUCUCUGCCAUGAAAGAAUUUGCUUAUAUGAAGGCACUGUAUGACAGAGGAUUUCCUGUACCAAAACCUGUAGAUUUCAACCGGCAUGCUGUGGUCAUGGAGCUUGUUAAUGGAUAUCCCCUAUGUCAAGUGCAUGAUGUGGAGGACCCUGCUGCACUGUACAGUGAAGUCAUGGAGCUCAUUGUGAAGUUGGCCAACCAUGGCCUGAUUCACGGAGACUUCAACGAGUUCAACCUCAUGUUGGAUGACAACGACCACAUCACUAUGAUUGACUUCCCCCAGAUGGUCUCUACAUCUCAUCCCAAUGCAGAAUGGUAUUUUGACCGGGAUGUCAAAUGUAUUCGAGAUUUCUUCAUGAGAAGGUUCAGUUAUGAAAGUGAGCUUUAUCCGACUUUCAAGGACAUUAGGAAGGAAUGCUCCCUGGAUGUAGAGAUCUCUGCCAGUGGAUUCUCCAAAGACCUACAGGAGGACGAAUUCUUGCUGCAUCCUGCUGGCCCCGAUGCAGAGGAUGAGUCUGAGGAAGAAGCUGAGGAUCCAACAGCAACAGGGUCUAGAGAAAAAGGAGAGGGUGCCCAUGGACUCAUUGACAUGGAGGAGUUCCACAAGGUCUUGUUGGAGCUCGAGGGCCUGAAGGUCAAGGAGGAACAUAAGCCUGAUGAAGGCAGCACUGGACACCUCGUCCCCCGAUCCCUCUCACCUGAAGGCACUGAUGCAAAAGCUGACUGUAGCCCUGGAACUGCCCACCCAGGACUUUGCAGUAAGGCCCUCACAGUAAGUGAGACGGGUGAGUUGAGUGAGGCACAGGAAGAAGAUGAGAAGGAAGAUGAGUAUCCUGACUUGGUGGACCUUUCCACCUCAAAUAAAGAGUUCCGGCCUUUCAGGGACCAGGACAGCCUACAUCACAUCAAUGAGCACCGGAGGAGGACCACCAGCGAGACCACUGUGGGCAGCAUUGCCAGCUGCUCCACCAUCCCCCCGGAGGUGGUCAAGCAGAAGGUGAAACGGCAGCUCACCAAACAGCAGAAGGCGGUCCUGAGGCGGCGCCUACAGAAGGGUGAGGCCAACCUGGUCACCAAGGAGAGGCGGGAGAACAUGCAGAAUAUCAAGUGGAGUGUAGAAGCUGCUUCCUUCUGGGGAUAAGGAGAAGAACACAGCACACUUCACCGCUUCUCUGGGUGGCUUCUUUGUACAUCACAGCAAUAAAUCUUAUUCAUUUAAGCCUG